AUGCAGUCUUUGGGGGUUUCUGGAAAUAGAAAGGUCAUGCAGCUUGGAAUCAGUGAGCCAUUCCAAUCUCUAAGUCAUCAGAGAAAUGAUGAAGAAGCUGUCGUGGAUAGAGGUGGCACUCGUUCCAUUCUCAAAACGCAUUUUGAAAAGGAAGACUUGGAAGGUCAUCGAACAUUGUUCAUUGGAGUUCAUGUGCCACUGGGUGGAAGAAAAAGUCAUCGACGUCACAGACACCGUGGACACAAACACAGAAAGAGAGACAGGGAACGAGAUUCAGGCUUAGAGGAUGGGAGAGAGUCUCCUCCUUUUGACACCCCAUCACAAAGGGUACAGUUUAUUCUUGGAACAGAGGAUGAUGACGAGGAACACAUUCCUCAUGACCUCUUUACUGAACUUGACGAGAUUUGCUGGCGUGAAGGAGAGGAUGCUGAAUGGCGAGAGACAGCGAGAUGGUUGAAGUUUGAAGAAGAUGUAGAGGAUGGUGGAGAGAGAUGGAGCAAACCAUACGUUGCCACUCUGUCACUUCAUAGCUUGUUUGAGUUGAGAAGUUGUAUCCUGAAUGGUACUGUUCUACUGGACAUGAGAGCUAAUUCUAUAGAAGAAAUUGCAGAUAUGAUUCUUGACCAACAAGUGAGCUCAGGGCAGCUCAGUGAAGAUGUUCGUCACAGAGUACAUGAAGCUUUACUGAAGCAGCACCACCAUCAAAAUCAGAAGAAGUUAAGCAACAGGAUUCCAAUUGUCAGAUCCUUUGCUGACAUUGGCAAGAAACAGUCUGAGCCUCACUCCAUGGACAAAAAUGCAGGUCAGAUUGUUUCUCCACAGUCUGCUCCCGCCUGCAUUGAAAAUAAAAAUGAUGUGAGCAGAGAAAACAGCACUGUUGACUUUAGCAAGGUUGACCUACACUUUAUGAAAAAGAUACCUCCUGGAGCUGAAGCUUCAAACAUUUUAGUUGGUGAACUAGAGUUUUUGGAUCGUGCCGUAGUAGCUUUUGUUAGAUUGUGCCCUGCAGUAUUGCUUUCAGGACUAGCUGAAGUUCCAAUUCCAACAAGAUUUUUGUUUAUUCUUCUGGGACCCCUAGGGAAGGGCCAACAGUAUCAUGAGAUUGGAAGAUCAAUUGCAACAUUGAUGACAGAUGAGGUGUUCCAUGAUGUUGCUUAUAAAUCUAAAGAUCGGAAUGACUUGGUUUCUGGAAUAGAUGAGUUCCUCGAUCAGGUUACAGUUCUCCCUCCCGGAGAAUGGGACCCAACAAUUCGAAUAGAGCCACCCAAAAAUGUGCCCUCUCAGGAGAAGCGCAAGGUACCAGGAGUGCCAAAUGGAACAGCAGCUCAUGGGGACCCAGAACCGCUAGGUGGACACAGUGGGCCAGAAUUGCAACGGACUGGAAAGUUUUUUGGGGGAUUGAUUUUAGAUAUCAAAAGAAAAGCUCCCUUCUUCUGGAGUGACUUCAGGGAUGCUUUCAGUCUGCAGUGUCUAGCAUCAUUUUUAUUUCUCUACUGUGCUUGUAUGUCUCCUGUCAUCACAUUUGGCGGUCUACUGGGCGAAGCAACUGAAGGUCGUAUAAGUGCAAUAGAAUCUUUGUUUGGAGCAUCCAUGACUGGAAUAGCCUACUCUCUCUUUGGUGGACAGCCUCUUACUAUACUAGGCAGCACAGGGCCAGUGCUGGUGUUUGAAAAGAUACUAUUCAAAUUUUGCAAAGAAUAUGGGUUAUCGUACCUUUCUUUGAGAGCUAGCAUUGGACUAUGGACUGCAACUCUAUGCAUCAUCCUUGUUGCAACUGAUGCAAGCUCCCUAGUCUGUUACAUUACUCGGUUUACUGAAGAGGCAUUUGCUUCUCUUAUCUGCAUCAUUUUCAUUUAUGAGGCCUUAGAGAAGCUAUUUCAUCUCAGUGAGACGUAUCCAAUCAACAUGCAUAAUGAUUUGGAACUGCUGACUCAAUACUCAUGUAAUUGUGUGGAGCCAGAUAAUCCUAGCAAUAAGACCUUGAAAUACUGGAAUGACAAUAAUAUCUCCGCAUCGGACAUAACUUGGGGAAACCUAACCGUGUCAGAAUGUAGGAUGUUUCAUGGAGAGUAUGUUGGCCAAGCCUGUGGACAUCAUGGCCCUUACGUUCCAGAUGUUCUCUUCUGGUCAGUCAUCCUGUUCUUUUCUACAGUAACACUGUCAUCCACACUGAAGCAGUUCAAGACUAGCCGAUAUUUUCCAACAAAGGUGCGAUCUAUAGUCAGUGACUUCGCAGUCUUUCUCACUAUUAUGUCCAUGGUUUUAACUGACUAUGCCCUUGGGAUUCCAUCUCCAAAGCUUCAGGUUCCAAAUGCAUUCAAGCCCACCAGAGAUGAUCGGGGCUGGUUUGUCUCUCCUCUGGGGCCUAAUCCUUGGUGGACAGUUUUAGCUGCUGUAAUUCCAGCUCUCCUUUGUACUAUCCUUAUCUUUAUGGACCAGCAGAUUACAGCUGUUAUUAUCAACAGAAAAGAACACAAACUAAAGAAAGGGUGUGGAUACCAUCUCGACUUGCUCAUGGUGGCUCUCAUGCUUGGAGUGUGCUCCAUUAUGGGAUUGCCAUGGUUUGUUGCUGCCACUGUACUUUCUAUUUCCCAUGUGAACAGCUUGAAACUGGAAUCGGAGUGCUCUGCUCCAGGAGAGCAGCCCAAAUUUCUUGGAAUACGGGAACAAAGAGUUACAGGGCUCAUGAUCUUUGUCCUAAUGGGCUCAUCUGUCUUUUUGACAAGUGUUCUUAAGUUUAUUCCUAUGCCAGUACUCUAUGGAGUAUUUCUUUACAUGGGUGCUUCAUCUCUAAAGGGAAUUCAGCUUUUUGAUAGAAUAAAGUUAUUUUGGAUGCCUGCAAAGCAUCAACCAGAUUUUAUUUAUCUGAGGCAUGUUCCUCUUCGAAAAGUCCAUCUCUUCACCAUAAUUCAGCUGAGCUGUCUUGUACUCCUGUGGAUUAUAAAGGUUUCAAGAGCUGCCAUUGUCUUUCCUAUGAUGGUUUUAGCUUUGGUGUUUGUCAGAAAACUCAUGGAUUUAUUUUUUACCAAACGAGAGCUAAGCUGGUUGGAUGAUUUGAUGCCUGAGAGCAAGAAAAAGAAACUCGAAGAUGCAGAAAAAGAGGAAGAACAAAGUAUGUUAGCAAUGGAGGAGGAGGGGACUGUUCAGUUACCACUCGAAGGUCAUUACAGAGAUGAUCCAUCUGUGAUAAAUAUUUCUGAUGAAAUGGCAAAAACUGCCGUAUGGAAGACACUGCUGAUAUCCUCAGAGAAUGCAAAGGAUAAGGAGUCAAGCUUUCCUUCUAAAAGCUCCCCUUCCUAAUCACUCUAGAAGCUGAUUCCCCAAAGUGCUGAAAGCAGACGAGAGAAGAAAGCUGACUCAGGGAAAGGUGUUGACCGGGAGACUUGUCUAUGACUUGUUCUUCAAUUUAUUUUUCCAAACAAAUGAAAGGAGUGCCACAAUCAUUAAUAUAACUGAUUUGAUCAUAUAUUGUAAACUUUGUCUUUCAUCCCAAAAUAGCACAGAUAAUGUAAGUAGUGCAAUAUUUAUUUAAUUUUCUUCUAAAUGUCUACAGUCAGUUAUCUGUGCAAAAUCUAUUGUACUCAAGCAUCUUCACUUUUCUUGCUAUGUGUUAGCCACUUGAUAAUACAGCUCAGCAAUUUAGUAACCAUAUUUCUUUCAAAACUUAUAAUUUAGUGAGUUUUUAGUGUAUUUUUCUACUUCACUUGUGUGAGAAUACGUAAUAUCUUCAUUCAAGACAAACAGCCCCAUUUCUUUUUUAGUUCUAGUCAAUUAUUUCAAGAGGCCCAAAUUAACAAGGAAAAGUUAGUUUUAAAAGCUUUUUAAAAAAUAAUUUCUGACCUAAUCCUGCAAACCCUUUCUUGCUACAAUAAUCCUUACCUCUGUGAACUUUCCCACUGAACUCAAGGGUUAUUCUUGUACUAAGGGCACUAGUAUCCGACUUUUUAUUUAUGCAGUUUUCCUUGAAUUAAUACAGAAUAUUUAAUAUUCAAAAUUAUAUGUAACUAGAACAUAAAAUCACAUAUCUAAUAUAUAUAAAUACAUUCUCUCACCUUGUUAAAACACAUCCUUUGAUGUGAAAUAUUCAUAUGGUAUUUGCUAAAAAUGCAAGCUGUGAUUACAGUAUCUUGUACUGUACUCAAUGUUGCAAUGGUAGGCAAAAAAGGUGCAUUAUGUUGUUAAUGAACCUGGUAUUUUAGAAUACUAGUGGGAAUUUUGUGGAUAUAAAUCGUUACCAGACACAUGCAGUUUUGUUGCCCUUCUAGUGAUGAUCAGUUUUCUGUGUAAUUGCCUAAAACCUUUAAAUGCCUCCAAUAAAAUCAUACAUUAAGAUGUACACCUAUAUUGUUGCCCCUUAGCUUACAAUAAUGCCCUGCUAUAAUCCAGAUAUGAAUCAUGCACACAAACUUAGAGAUGGUUGACUACUGUUUUUGUUACAUGCUCUUUUCCUUAGUCCAUUAAAUGCACGUUCAUUGCAAUUAAGACAUGAUGCAAAAACUAGGACAGUCAAUCACAAAGUAUGUGAUUAAUACAAAAUUAACUAGCUAGUUUAAAAAAUAGGCACAAUUAAUUGCAGUUUUAAUUGCACUAUUAAACAAUAAUACAAUACCAAUUUAAAUUUGUUAUAAUAUUUGUAUAUUUUUCUACAUUUUCAAAUAUAUUGAUUUCAAUUAAUUUACUGCAUACAAAUCCACUAAGUCCUAUUUCUGGUUCAGGCAAUCAGUAAUAGUAAUACAUUUAUGUUUGUACAACAACAUACAAGUUUACUGUCAUGGAAGAUAAUGUUACCUGCUUCUUAUUUAUAAUAUCACCUGAAGGUGGUCACAUAGCUCUAUAGUAGCUGGUGUUCAAGGUAUUUAUGUGCUAGAUGUACUAAACAUUCAUUUUCUGCUUCAUGCUUUGAUUUGUAGGUGCUAACGUUUUACGUUGUUUUAUUUUUGAGUACAGUUAUGAAAAAAUGUAUUUAUAAAUUGCACUUCCAUUAUAAAGAGAGUGCACUGGUACCUGUAUGAGUUAAAUUAAAAAACAGUAAUUUUUUUUUGUUUUUUAUAGUGUAAAUAUUUGUUAUAAAAGUAAUAAUAUAAAGUUAGCACAGUACACUUUGUAUUCUGUGUUUUAUUGAAAUGAAUAUAUUUGAAAAUGUAGAAAAAUGCUCAAAAAUAUUUAUAAUAAAAUUAAACUGGUAUUAUUAACAGUGUGUUUAAAACUGCAAUUAAUCACAAUUAUUUUUUAAACUUGUGAUUUUUUUCUAAUAGUUUAACAGUUUAAAGCCAUUACAAAUAAGUCAGUUUAGUACAUACAAACUGAUUUUACUAUAUAGGCAUGACCCUUCAAUUUUUUAGCAAACUACAUUUUCCAAUAAAGAAUUGGAACAAUAACAUACAUUUUAGAGUGUUAUGUGGGAAUGCCUUGAUUUGUUAUUUUUAACAAAUUCAAAAAUGACACGAAUUCUCAUCAUUGUGCUAAUGGCUUGCAGUCUUGUAAUCAUUACCAGUGAUCAAUUUAUAGGACUUUAAGGCUUCCUAGCUCUUCCAAUAUGCUAAUAAUCUCUCCACAGAACUCACAAGAAUUACUUUUCAUAUACACCAUAUCCAACACAUUAAAAGCAUUGCUUGUAAAGCUGACUAAUGUAGCCAAUGCAUUCUAUUGAAAAUAAGUAGGGAAACUGUUCUAAACUCUAAAAUGACCUUAAAGGGUUUUGAUAAUACUAAAAUAAAGAAGAUUGUAUUUAAUGGAUGCAAAGAAGUAUUUACAUUUAAUAAAAAUGGCUUGUAUUUGUAAAGUUAGGGAAAAUGCAGGCACCUUAAGGUUAAAAUGCUUUGUUUUUGUGUACCUGAUGAUACAUUGUAACAUUCCAAUUGUUUUAAGCUUAGUAUAGAAGUACAAUAUUGGUUCAUCUCUGGAAGAAGCCUGCUGAUGUUUUGAUAUGUUGCUGACUUUCUGUUACAGAUGAUCAAAGUGAAUUAGAUGUUUCACUUGACCAACUCUUAGAAUACUAAGAAAUCAGUGUAUUCAGUGGCAUUCUGUAUUUCCGUUCAGUAUUUGAGGGUUUUUUUUACAGUCACUCUAUACUUGUGAAUUUUAAUGCUAUUCCAAUGUUAAUCUUAACAUUUUGAAAUCACAUCAACUAUAAUGCAAAUGUAGUGUUAUGUAUUUACUUCUAAUUUCAUAUUCCUGGUCAAAAUUACUGAAUUUCUUGGAUGUAAUUUAUUACAAAAGUUAAAGUAAUGUGUACAUGUGAAUAGAAUAUUGUGUUUUUCACGACUAAGAAAUGUUAUGUGGAAAUAAAUAUUUAUCCUAACUGAUUUUCAUUUUCCUAUUGCAAGACACGUUGCAAGUGAUCAAAUCUGCAGGGCAUUUGUGCAGCAUGACGUGUGUUUCUUGCUGUAAACAGUUGAAAUGCUACGUCAGGUAGACACGUUGAAAUGUUUCGCUUGCACUAAGGAAGCUGUGUGAGGCACUCACAGCUCAAUGAACAUUUUGGAGUAAAUAAUUACAUUGACUGCACUAAUCCUGCAAGCUGCUCUGUGCCAGUGAAACUCUGUGCCUAGACAGUGCCUCAUUAAGGUUUCGAACUGCGUUAACUAGUUGUUACAACUCACAAGUCACAUGAUAUGGUUUCUGUUCUAAAACUGGAUGAGUGUAAUUAAAUGUUCACUACAAGCACUGAACAGAGAUAGCACAGAGUUGCAUUUCCUCAGGCACAGACCAGAAACUAGAUGAUGAUUUAGUCCCUAAAAUGGUCUCUGGUUACUCCUCUUGCUCUGGAGGAAAUCAUGUACAUCAGCCUAUCCCUACAUAGAUUACUUCCCCUUGGCACACUGACUCAGAUGUGCUGGCAGGUCCAAGAGGGUAGAGCCCGGGCUUAGCCCUUUCCCCAGUGAUGUACAUUUCACCCUGCCCCCUGCUUAUUUGUAUUAUGGUCACUGGCCAGAAUUAUAAUCCACACUAUUUCUGUGGUGCUCCACUCAUACAAUGCGUUAAUGGCCCAUUAUAGAGAGAGUGCAGAUCUUUGUGUUUUCUUAUGUUCCUGAGGUUAAAUCAAUCACCAGAUCUGCUUGGGAUGUGCUGCCAAUCCUAUAGCUACAGGGAGUCUGAAAGGUGUUGAAAUCCUACCCACAUGGUGUUUCAUGCUGACUGAAUUGUGUGAUUACAACAUGAUUGCUACUUGGAAUCAGGGAGGUUUCUCCACACAGCAGGCUGGGUGGGACAUACCAUUUGUGCCUAACUAUUGUACUCUGGUGCCUAAAAUGGGCCUUAAUCCACCUUGUGAUUCUAGCCUGAUUCUGUUCUGCCUUACCCUGGUGUAAUUAUAAGGAGUUGGGGUGGGGGAAUGUGUGUGUAUGAGGGACUAGAAUCAGACCAUUGUAUUCCUCCUGUAUAUUACCCUGGCAGCCAACGAUGCACCACUGCUACAAUGGCAAUACUAUUCAUACCCUAGUGAUAGGACUGUUUCAUGCUUCAAAUCAGUUUUCAUCUAUGUCCUAGAAGCUGCUUAUCACCUAAGAUGAGAGUAAUUUAAGAUAAUUAGCAUAAUACUUUGAAAUGCAAUGUUCUGCCUCGUUGAUAAAACAAAGCAAUUAAAUAAAGCAGAAUGAAAUGUUUAAAAGCUAAAGGGCCUUGCCAGUCAGAUUUUACCAAUUGGAGGACAGGAUGUACUGCUUAUGUAAACCACAUUGGACACAAGUUUCCAUUGAACAAACCAACAAAGAGUCUGCUGGCACUUUAAAGACUAACAGAUUUAUUAGGGUAUUAAGGCUUAAACUUUCAUGAGCUACAACUCACUUCCUCAGAUGCUGAAAAGAAAGACAAAAAGAAAAAGAUACAGAGACGGGAUUAAACAUCUGUGCUAAUUAAAUCAGAGUGCAUAUGGCUUAUCUUCAACAGUGUUGACAAGGUGAGAGUACUUGAAUGGGAAAUUACCUGUUGUAAUACAAGAACAACUCCAUGUGUUUAUUUAGACCAGGGUAGGGAACCUGUUUUUGUUGGUUGGGGGCCACUGACCCACAGAAAAAUCAGUCAGGGGCUGCACACAAGUGAGAAAAACAAAUAAACAACCCACACCUCACCAACAUGGGCUCCCAAAUGCUGGGGCAAGCCCUGCUCAUCGGGGGCCAGAUCCAGAUAAGCGGGGAGAGGGGGUGAGACUGCGUCUGGCCCCUGAGCCUUACUUUCUCCACCCUGAUUUAGACCUUUGUUCAGGGUGUCAGAUCUGCAUAUGAAUUCCAGCUCAGCAGUUUCUCAUUGCAGUCUGGGUUUGAAGAGGGUUUUUUUUGCCUGAGAAUUGCAGUCUGGGUUUGAAGGGGUUUUUUUGCAACUUGUAAGUCAGAAAGUGUGUGCCCAGGGGUUUAAAGUGCUCUCCCACUGGCUUUUGGAUGUCUGAUUUGUGUCCAUUUAUUUUUUUUUGCAUGGAUACAGUCUGAUUGUCUGAUAUACAUAGCAGAGGGGCAUUGCUGGCAUAUGAUGGCAUAUAUCACAUUAGUAGAUCUGCAUAUGAAUGAGCCUUGGAUGGUAUAGCUGAUGUGGUUGGGUCCUGUGAUGGUGUCAUUAGGAUAGAUCUGUGGACAGAGCUGGCAAUGAGGUUUGUUGCAGAGAUAGGUUCCUGGAUUAGUGUUUCUGUUGUGGGGUAUGAAGGCAGCAUUUGACUCAGGUUGGUGAGAGGGGGCGGGGAGAACUGUCUGUAAGCAAGACUGGCCUUUUUCCCAAGGUCUGUGAAAGUGAGGGAUCAUCAUCAUGAUAGAUUGUAGAUCCUUAAUGAUAUGUAGGAGGGGUUUAAGCUGGGGGCUCUAAAUAAUGUUUAGUGGCAUUCUGUUGCUUUCUUUGCUGGGUCUGUCCUGUAGUAGUUGACUUCUGGGUAAUUUUUUCAAUCUGUUUCUUCACUUCUCUAGGUGGGUAUCAUAGUUUAACAAUGCUUACUAGAGUUCCUGUAGGUGUUUGUCUGAGGCAUUGGAGUAAAUCUGAUUGUUAUCUUAGGGCUUGGCUGUAGACAAUGGGUUAUGUGACGUGUUCUGGAUGAAAACUGGAGGUGUGUAAGUAAGUACAGGCAGUCCCCGGGUUACGUACAAGUUAGGGACUGUAGGUUUGUUCUUAAGUUGAAUCUGUAUGUAAG